CAUCAGCUUUUAAAUCAAUCUUUGAUCAAAGUCCAGUGAGUUCCAAGACUAGAGCUCCUAGCAAAGAGAGCUCCCCAGUGACAGCAGCUCUGCUUCCUUCCAGAAAUGGCUGCCGUCUUUAAAGCCCGAGAAUGUAAGCUGUCCAAACCAGAAGGGCAGACCUAUGGCUUCUUCCUGAGAAUUGAGAAGGACACCGACGGGCACCUGGUCCGGGUGAUUGAAAAGGGUAGCCCAGCAGAGAAGGCUGGGCUCCUGGAUGGAGACAGAGUUCUCAGGAUCAAUGGCGUCUUUGUCGACAAGGAAGAGCACAUGCAGGUGGUAGAUCUGGUCAGAAAGAGUGGGAAUUCUGUGACUUUACUAGUCCUGGAUGGAGACUCCUAUGAGAAAGCUGUGAAAAAAGGGGUAGACUUGAAAGAGGUGGGUCAAAGCCAGGAGGUGGAUUUGAAUGACCUGAAAGUGGCUCCUGUGAUGAAUGGAGGAGUGACUUGGGCCCAGCCGAGGCUCUGCUACCUGGUGAAGGAGGGGAACAGCUACGGCUUCUCUCUGAAAACUGUCAAAGGUACAAAGGGAGUGCGCAUGACUGAUGUGACCCCUCAGGGUGUGGCUAUGAAAGCUGGAGUCCUGAACGAUGAUCACUUGAUUGAAGUGAAUGGAGAGAACGUAGAGAAUGCCAGCCACGAGGAAGUAGUUGAGAAGGUGAAGAAGUCCGGAAACCGUGUCAUGUUCCUUCUUGUGGACAAAGAAACUGACAAGUACCAUAGUGAACAAAAGAUACAAUUCAAGAGGGAAACAGCUAGUUUGAAACUGCUGCCCCACCAGCCUCGGGUCGUGGAGAUGAAGAAGGGAAGCAAUGGCUACGGUUUCUAUCUGAGGGCAGGGCCAGAGCACAAAGGUCAAAUCAUCAAGGACAUAGAUUCUGGAAGUCCAGCAGAAGCAGCUGGAUUGAAGAAAAAUGACCUGUUAGUUGCUGUCAAUGGCAAGUCUGUGGAAACCCUCGAUCAUGACAGUGUGGUGGAAAUGAUUAGAAAGGGUGGAGAGGAGACCUCACUCUUGGUGGUAGACAAGGAGACGGAUAAUCUGUACAGACUGGCUCAAUUUUCUCCAUUCCUCUACUAUCAAAAUCAAGAACUGCCUAAUGGUUCUGUCACGGAGACCCCAGCUCCUGCUCCUCUGGAGGUCUCAAGUCCAGACAGUACAGAGGAAGUAGAUCAUAAGCCUAAACUCUGCAGGCUGGUUAAAGAUGAAAAUGGCUACGGCUUUCACUUAAAUGCCAUUCGGGGUCUGCCAGGCUCAUUCGUCAAAGAGGUGCAGAAGGGAGGCCCUGCUGAUGCAGCUGGGCUGGAGAAUGAGGACGUUAUCAUUGAAGUGGAUGGGGUGAACGUGCUGGAUGAACCCUAUGAGAAGGUAGUAGACAAGAUCCAGAGUAGUGGGAAGAACAUCACACUCUUGGUCUGCGGAAAGAAGGCCUAUGAUUACUUCCAAGCUAAGAAAAUUCCAAUCACUUCCUCCAUGGCUGAUCCACUGGAUGUCUGCCCUGAUUCCAAAGAAGAAACAUCAGUAGAGUCAGAGCGCGACUCCCAUGUGGUGAAAGAACGAGCCCACAGUACAGCCUCAAAUUCUUCCUCCAAUUCUGAAGACACAGCGAUGUGAUCAGAAUAAUGGCUUCAGCUGGUAUGAUUCCUACUAAAUUUCCAGAAACUGCUGUCUCGAGGAAAGAAUGAGCUGCCACCCACUUACUGUGUUAGAGAAGACUCCUCUGGAAACCAUCAUGUGUGACUGUCUGUUGUUUGCCAUGCAGCUGCUAUUAUACGUGGCUUAUUUAUGGUCAAGUUAGGAAACUCAAGACAGGAGCCAGCUUUUUGUGAUCUCUGCUAAGCUUCAGCUUAACUACAUUUCUCUGUAUGAUGAUCUCUUUUACAGGCUCCUUGACCAUCAAAGCUGAUUCAUGAAUCUCUAAAAUAUUGAAGCAGAUAAUCCAAUUAAAAUUAUGCUUUUAUAAAAAUGUGGUUGCUGGAAUAAAUACCAUUAAAAUAUCUUGAGUAUGCUUAAUUUCCCUAUUAGCUGGUAUAAUCUUAAUAGUGCUUUUGUUUUGGAUAAUCUUCAUUUGCUUCUAGAAACGCAAACACAAUAAAAUAUAGAAUAAGAUUUUUAUAAAAAGACUUCAGGUAAUAACA